AUGCGGCUCGUUCACUUGCUACCAGAGCCCACCAUCUCCAGGCAGGACUGCGUCAUGCUGCAGAACCUGGCCGACACACUCGCUGGACACAACAUCACGCAGUAUAACACCCUUGUGGUGACUAAGGACGGCCGCGCCGACCCUCAGCGGUGGCGCGAAGUCCGUCGACGAGGCAGCGUGCGCAUCUACAACGAGCGCAUUGUGUCAUCGACGCAUUGCCCCGCGACACCGCAGCUCCUGCUGCUCGGCACCAUCGACGGCAAACUCGAGGACAUCAUGUACGGAGCGGUGGCCACUACCGAUGAAGCCAUGAAGAUUCAGUCAGCUUGCACCAAGGACAGCGUGCGGGACAGCAAGGUGCUUUUCGAGAUCGUCCCCCCUAGCUUUGACGACCCGUUUCGCACGGUAGCCGUGAAGUGGCGACUGUACGAGGGGCGCGACUACGUGUCCUUGGACGCCACAGGGAUCGUGGGUGUUCGCGGACGUGAGCGGAUCGGAUACAGCAUUUCGCAUUCGGUGAUUCUGUCGGAGAUCCCGAGCUUUGAGAACUCCCACAGUAUCGAGCGCGGCAACAUGUCUGUGUGCGCGCUGUACCGCCAGAAAACGCCGACGACGGUAGAAUGCUACGUGCGCGGUUUUUUCGACUUUAAGACGAAGAACGAAGUGCUCAAGAACAUGUCGCUUCAGGUUAUUGCCACCCAGUGGUCGGCUUACGCGCGGAAAAGUACGUGUGCUCUCGCUAAAAAGCUGUCUUGGAAGGUGCGCAAGAACUGCGGCUGGAGCUCUCGGUCCUCUCGAAUAUACUCGUUCGCGGACGACCUGGACGACUUUGUAACCCCUACGCGACGGCAUCGUUCUCAAAGCUCCCGCGAGUCCACUAGAUGCUCAGUCUGCCAGAAAAGCUCGAGUUUUCUUAUGUCGAUUCGGCGAACCUGCACGAGUUGCGAGCUGCCGGUGUGCUCCAAAUGCGCUGUCAAGAAGAAGGUCGUCGCGCUCGCACCCGACCAAUACACAGUGCUGGAACGGAAGCGCUCGUUUUGUGUUUCGUGCAUGGAUGCAGUCGAGAGCUGCGACGUCGUUUCCAUUGCGAGGGAGGAACUCGUGGGUCACCAGGAAGAGGAGGAGGACGACGAUGACGACGCCACCUACUGGGCUCGCCUGUCGUCCAUGACCGUCAACUCCAGCUGCUACUCAAGUGUCGUGUCUCGACAAAGCAGCCUCGCCAGUCUCGGCAGCUUCGACCGCCACAGUAUCAUCGGCCGAGGGCACGAGUAA